AACUUUGGGGAAUUUUAUGAAUUUUGAACAUUGUUAAAUUAAUAACUACACUGCAAUUUUUCACUGGCCCAGCAUACUCAUACAUAAUGUGCAAAUCAAGAUACAUGAAAAGUGCUUAAAAUAGCAUCAAAUCAAACAUUGGUUUAACUUUUGCUCCUACUGUUUAUUUUAGACUCUUAAAUUACACAGUUUCUUCUCAAAAUAACUAUAGCACGGACUAAAAAUGACGAGAUGAGGAGGCCAGGCACUGGUGGAGGGCCCCGGGUGAAGGAGUUCACCAUCCCGGAAGGCAUUCUCCUUGAGCAUUUUGGGGAUUCCGCCUCUCUUGCAGGGGUCCCCAAUGCAAUCGACACUGAUGCUCCAGAGGGUACCCUAUUACCCAGUAUCAUAGAUUUGGGCAAGAUUCCAACAGAUGGCGCCACAAGCUUGACAUUUACAUUAGAUGAAAGAGGUGCUCAAAAGACGUCAUGUUGUGUAUCCCAACUUGCAUCGGUAGAUGAAGCUGGACCAUGUUCGUCAGGGACUAGAUUCUCAUGAUUGAAUAAGUGAUUUACAGCGGCCAAAACCAAAUCAAUGAAAAUGGCCACCGUUAACAAGAGUAAAAGAGGUAAACAAUUAUUUAAUAUUCACACAUACAUAUGUUUGUAUUAUAAUAGUCAUUUUUUGCCUCUAAUUUUUAAAUGGGCCUUUUCACAGAUUUCGACAUGUUUUGAAGUUUGUCUUUAAAUGCUUUAUAUUGAUAAAUGUUAACAAUAUAUAUAAAAAGCUCCAGUAAAAAAUCAAGAAUAAAAUUAAAAAUAGAAAAAAGGUAACCCCCAGCAGGGCUCGAACCACUGACCCUUGGAUUCCUGGAGUAAAAAGUU